AGAUUAAUGUGUAAAUAAGAUAUAGUAGAGCCUAAUAAUGGGUUUUAAAAAUAUUUGAUUAAAAUUAAAAUAAUACUUAAAAUAAAUUAACUAAUUAUUAAAACUUGUUUUAAAAUUUUUGCAAUACUGAAUUAGUAAAUAAUAUUAAAUUAAAUUAAAAUGGAAGAAGAAACUCAAGUCAAUUGUUCUAAUUGCAACAAGCCUCAAUUAGCAUCUAAAGUUUAAUUACAUGAAGCAUAUUGCCUUAGAAAUAUUAGAAAAUGCCCAGACUGUGAAGAAUUUAUUGAUAAGCGUGAGUUAGAAAACCACAAACAGGAAAAGCAUACCAAGUAAUAAUGCAAAUUUUGCUCACAACCAUUCCUUCCUAAGGAUAUGGAUUAGCACUUAUAAUAGUGUGUUAUGAAGCCAUAAAGGUGUACUUAUUGCAAUUUGGAUGUAAAUGGUGCAGAAUUCGGUGAACACAUAUAAAAUUGUGGCUCAAGGACACGUGAAUGCUUCAUAUGCAACAAAAGUAUUAUCCUUUUUAACUUCGAAGAGCAUGUGAAUAAUUGUGUUGGUGUUCCAGAGUAGCCUUAUGAAUCUUAAUUCCCUACUCACACCUAAGCCUUUUAAAAACCUAAACCUGGUUAAUAUAAACCUAGCGAAAUCAAACCCUAUAGACCAUAAGUUACAAAUGUUUCUUCUGCUCGAGUUUAGAUAGGAGCAAACAGUAGUAUUAAAUAGAAUGCUAAUGACUAAGAUAAAGCAGACGAAGAAUUUGCUCGUAAACUUUAAUUAGCUCAAGAAAACAAUGAUUUUGAUUAGUUAAAGAAGUUGUAGGAAGAAGAAGAUGAAAGGCUAGCUAGAGAAUUAAAUAAAGAUUUCUCUCCUAAAAAUAAAACUGUAUAGUAAGCCUUAAAUACUUAAAAUAAGCCCAAGUAAAGUUACGAUGAUUAUGACUACAAUUAUAAUUAUGAAGAAGAUGAGGAAGACAAUUACCAAAAUUUUAAUUAAGAAAAUGAAAUAUAGUAAUAAGAAAUGCUUCAAGCACAACAAUAUUAGUAAGGCUUGAACAAUCCUUUAGUUUUCCCAUAGUAUUAAAAACCAGCAGAUAAUAAAACAAAAGAAUAAAAAGAAAUGGAGGAGUUAGGUGAAUUUAUUGAUGAUCCUGAACUAUAGCAAGCAAUUCUUCAAAGCCAAAUGAAUAAUUGA